AGGGAGGAUCCGUUCUCCCGGGAGUGGGAGUGGGGCUCCCUGCAGGGAGCGCAGAGGAGGCGUGCCGUGAUUCCGGGGCUGCGCGCGCUCUCCUGGGGAGGCCUGAGCUAAGGGAAGCGCUGCUGGGCGAGGAGGGGCGGGCCCGUUCCCCUUCCCCGAGGAUGCGGAAGCUGGCUGCCAGCUGCGGGAGCUAGCUACAUUUUAGCGGAGACUGGCGACAUUGUAGCGGCUCUGGGCUGGCGGCCGGAUGGGGGCUCGGAGCGCGUGGGCCGCGGCGCUACUGCUGCUCCUGGCCCUAUUGCCGCGGACCUUCGCCUCCUGCCUCUUCUCGGUAGACGCCUCCACAACCACUGGGCAGCUGAAGCCUUUUUGGAAGAGCACCGGCUUCUGCCCUCCUCUGCCCCAUGAAAAGUCAGACCUGUAUGAUCUCAGCAAAGACCAGCAGCUCAAUCUUGCCUAUAUUGCAUCUGUCCCUCACCAGGGCAUCGAACAGGUCAGGACUCACUGGUUACUGGAUCUCGUCACAGCCAGUAUCACCGAUGGGGACCUUCACUACAACUUUACCAACCUGGAUAGAUUUUUGGAUCUUCUCUGGGAGAACCAACUCAUUCCAGGGUUUGAGUUGAUGGGGAGCCCAUCUGGAUAUUUUACUGAUUUUGAAGACAAGAAGCAGGUAUAUGAAUGGAGGAACCUGGUCACCCUAUUGGCUAAGAGAUAUAUAGAGAAGUACGGGUUAAGCCAUGUCUCCAGAUGGAAUUUUGAAACUUGGAAUGAGCCGGAUCAUCAUGACUUUGACAAUGUGUCCAUGACGAUCCAAGGCUUCCUGAACUAUUAUGAUGCCUGCUCGGAAGGCCUGAGGAGAACCAACUUGGAACUGAAGUUUGGGGGUCCCGGUGACUCCUUUCAUCCAUUCCCUAAGUCCCCCAUUUGCUGGAAUCUACUCAGUCACUGCUACAAUGGAACAAACUUUUUCACGGGUGAGAAAGGUGUGCGCCUGGAUUAUAUCUCCUUACACAGAAAGGGUGGGGGCAGCUCCAUCUACAUCCUAGAGCAGGAAAAGGAAGUUGCCCGGCAGAUCCAGAGCCUUUUCCCCAAUUUCACCCAUGUCCCCAUUUAUAAUGAUGAGGCUGACCCCCUGGUGGGCUGGUCUCAGCCCCAGAUCUGGAGAGCAGAUGUGACCUACGCAUCGAUGGUUGUGAAGAUCAUAGCCCAGCAUCAGACCCUGCUGCUAUCAGACACCAACAACACCCUGAACUAUACCUUGCUGAGCAAUGAUAAUGCCUUCCUGAGUUACCACCCACACCACUUUACCCAGAGGACACUGACUGCCCGCUUCCAGAUGAACAACACAAAGCCACCGCAUGUGCAGCUAGUCCGAAAGCCUGUGCUCACUGUCAUGGGGCUGCUGGCCAUGCUGGGUGAAAGCCAGCUGUGGGCAGAGGCUCACUGUGAUGGGCUACUGGUGGACAGCAAUCACACAGUGGGAGUACUAGCCACCUCUCACUGGCCUGAGGAGCCAUCUUCACCAGACAGCUGGCAGGCCACAGUGCUGGUGUAUGCCAGUGAUGACAAUCGGACAUCUGCCAACCUCAGUACCGUCACCAUCCAGCUCAACAAUGUCCCACCAGCUACAGACCUCGUCUACGUGACCUACUAUAUGGACAAUAAUCUCACCAGCCCUUACCUGGAGUGGAAGAAACUUGGCUCACCUGUCUUCCCCACCAUAAAGCAAUUUCAGCAGAUGAGAGAGACUGAGGAUGCUAUAGCCACAGGCCCAUUUCCAUUUCCUGAAAAUGGCCAGCUGACCCUAAAGCAAAAGCUUUCAAUGCCCUCAGUUCUUCUCCUUCACGUGUGUUCAAGGCCACAUCUGCCCCCAAACCAGGUGAAUGGUGUCCGAAUCUUGCCUCUCACAAGAGGGCAGAUCACUCUGCUCUGGGAUGAUAGCUCCGUGAACUCAAAGUGUCUGAGGACAUAUGAGGUUGAAUUCUCCCAACAUGGACAUAUUUACAGAGGGAUCAACAGGAAGGAGUCGACUUUCAACCUUUUUGUCUUUGCUCCAGAUGAUGCCAAUGUCACUGGCUUCUACCGGCUCCAUGCUGUGGAUUACUGGGGCCGCCCGGGCCCGUUCUCCAUCCCUGUUUACUACAAAGAGGCAGCUGCAUGAGGGUCCAAUGAAAAGACAUCUGGAAACUUGCUUCCUAGCAAUCAUCAUCACUGUCAUCAAACUCCUUUUUCUGUGGCCCUAUAACAUUGGUGAAAUGCUUUCCCCAAGACAGUCCUAAGAGGCGGGCGGUACAAGGAUCAUUGUACUGAUUUACAGACGAGUAAACCAAAGCCAAGAGAUGAAAGGAUUUGUCCAAGGUGAAGGGCCUCAGUGAGUCUCCCAGCCAGGAUCUGAACCUCUUAGGGAAUGGCUGGAGUGGAUAAACUGUGGCAUGUGACAGUAAAGGAAGAUUAAUCUUCCAUGAAAUGGAUGGAUGUGAAGAAUUCUAGAGAAAUGUGAAACAAUUUAUAUGAACCCAUGCAGAGCAAAGUCAGCAGAAUCAGGGCAGCACUACAUCCAAUAAGUACAAAAAUGUAAAGGAAAAUGGCAUUUGAGAGCAGUUUGAUUAAUUGCAAUAAUCAAUGUCGGUCUUGGAGAACUGAUGCUGAAAUGCUCCUCUUUCCUCUAGGCUUUGUGCACAGGGGACCUUGUACACAGGCUGUGCUGGUUGGCUUUGUUAUAAGGGGAGAUUCAAUAAGGAGAGCACUUUAAGAGGAAAUGACUGAUAUAAACAUAAAAGGGAACAAUACAGCUUUGAAAACUUGUUUUUAACAGCAGGAUUGUGUGAGCAGACAAAGAAGACAAGACGUGGUCAUACAUGUGGUCAUCCAUGUUGUCCAAAUCUCAGGGAUCAUGGCUGGGCCCUGUGAUUUCAGAGCCUAGGCAAGAAGCCAGUAUUCUUCAACCUGGGGUCAGCUGGAAGACACAGUGGAUAGAGCACUGACCCUGGAAUCAGGAGAACCUGAGUUCAAAUCCAGAUUCAGACAUUUACUAGCUGUGUGACUCUGGGCAAGUCACUUAACCCUGAUUGCCUCUUUUUAAAAAAAAAAAGUAUUCAUCAACCUGCCCCCAAAAAAUUCCCGGGAAGACUGCUAGAGGGCAGGCAGCACCAUAACCUAAACAUUUACCAUAAGGAUAGUGUUCUUGAAACUAUGUCCUUUGGGAAUCAAAGGAUUAAAGGGGAAUUAGAUUGUCAUUCUUCUAAAGGUGUGGGAGCUUGCACUCAUUUUGUGUGAGUAUAGAGAACGCUCUUACUAACAGAUUCCCAUCAUCAUUAUUUAUAUUGUUUCAUGUCUUGAUUAAAUGCUUUUACUAUUGAA